CAGCGAGAACAUGGUCGCUCAGAUGUGGUAUUUUGUCAAGUGCAUCUACUUCGGGCUGUCAGCCUAUCAGAUCCGCUGUGGUUAUCCCACCCGCAUUUUGGGAAACUUCCUCACCAAGGGCCACAAUUAUGCCAACCUCUUCCUGUUUCAAGGUUUCCGUAUGGUGCCGUUCCUGACGGAGCUGCGGGCCGUGAUGGACUGGGUCUGGACGGACACCUCACUGUCUCUGUCCAGCUGGAUCUGUGUGGAGGACAUCUACGCUCACAUCUUCAUCCUGAAGUGCUGGAGAGAGUCUGAGAAGAAGUACCCCCAGCCGCGAGGCCAGAAGAAGAAGGCGGUGGUGAAGUACGGGAUGGGGGGGAUGAUCGUGGCGCUGCUGAUCUGCAUCGUGUGGUUCCCGCUGCUCUUCAUGUCCCUCGUCAAGUCCGUGGCUGGAGUCGUCAACACGCCGCUGGACGUGUCCUUUGCAAUCACACUGGCUGGCUUUACGCCCAUCUUCACCAUGAGCGCUCAGCAAAAACAACUGCAGAAUGUGAACCUAACCGAGUUUGACUCGUAUCGUCUGAAAUACAAGGAUAACGAUACUGCCUUGCAGUGGCUCGAGCGCUACUUCAAGGAGGACCUGAUCAUCGCAGAGCUGAAAGGCAGCUCCAAUAGCCUGUGGACCAUCAGCCCGCCCAGCAGGAACAACCUGAUCGAAAUGCUGAGCAGCAACGAGGAUUUCCCUAUCACCGUGGCCUGGUCCGUGCAAAGGUAUUUCCGUCACCCUGCGCCGUGUCGGGGCAUCGUGAAUAAUCGACAAGAAGACAAAGUGUUUUAUGUAGUGUCUGGAGACAAAAGGACCGACAGGAGCAAAGUGAAAGGUCUUUGUUAUGUGUGCAAGGAGUAUCCCAAGAGUGACAGCGAGAUGGUCACCAUCUUCAUCAAGUACUUCUUCCAGUUUGGCUUCUUCCCCUUCAACCAGAACCCUAUGGAUAAGAGCAAACCUUAUCACCCUCCCAACAUCAUCGGAGUGGAGAAGAAGGACGGCUACGUCCACUACGACCUGGUCCAGUUACUGGCUCUCUUCUUCCACAGAUCCAUCCUGAAGUGUCACGGUCUGUGGGACGAGGAAGACCCCAAAGAAAGGCGAGCGCCGUCCUGUCAGAGCGAGUCAGAGGACGAGGGAAAGAGCAAAUCAGAGGAGAGUGAGAAGGGGUCUGAACGCGCCUCCUCCAUGAUGAGUGAGAGAGGCUCCACUCACACCUUGAGGUCCUUAAACUUUGGCGCCUCCAUCGAUUCAGGUCACGUCCAGGUUCAGUACCCGCAGCAGCAGACCUUCCAGCGGCGGAAGAGCUCCAGCGGAGGCUCGCACAUUUCUCAUCGAUCUCUCCACUCCACUGUGAGGUCCAAGAGAGGAAGUACCGCCUCCCACCACAGCAGCCACAAGGACGGCAGCGAGGCCAGCGUCCAUCAGAAGACCCGAAAACAGAUGAUCACGGAGAAGCUUAGGGAGCAGCUCCUCAAGGGGAAAGCCUUCAUCAUUAAGCGACUCUGGUGCUCGGAAUUCAUCUUUAACUUUGAAAUCGUCUGCCAUUUCCAAAACCUGUGCUUCAGCUACUGCGGCUUCUGCUUCACACUGAUCCUGGGCCUGUACGCCUCUGUGGUUCUGGUCAUCGGCAAGUUCGUACGCGAGUUCUUCAGCGGCAUCUCCCACACCAUCAUGUUCGAGGAGCUGCCCAACGUGGACCGCAUCCACAAGCUGUGCACGGACAUCUUCCUGGUGCGAGAGACGGGGGAGCUGGACCUGGAGGAGGACAUGUACGCCAAACUCAUCUUCCUCUACCGCUCUCCAGAGACUAUGAUCAAGUGGACCAGAGAGAAAACGGAGUGA